GGCUGCGGGCGCUUGUGAGCAGGUUGUUGUUUUUAUGAGAGGCGUCACUGGCGCUGGGAACUGUGCCUGCCGCCACCACGACGGGCAACGCAGUGUGGCGGAGGUGGCGCUGCACCUUCAGAUACCUGAAACAUGUCUGAAAAUUCCAGCGACAGUGAUUCAUCUUGUGGUUGGACUGUCAUCAAUCAUGAGGGGUCUGAUAUAGAGAUGGUGAGUUCGGAACAUGGUGCAGUCAGUGACAGCCAGCAGGUGACUCCAGAGAGUUCAGUUUUAGAUCAAGAGGAACUACAAGCAUGCCAGUUAGAGCAUGGAGACAGUUUGAGUUGCACAACAAUGGUGGGAGAAAUCACCUAUACAGCUGUGGAAGAAAUCAAGUCAGCACUUGAUCCAGAGGAAGAAAAGGCACCUGAAGACAAUGUCUAUUUUGGAACUGUCAGUGAUGAUUCUGAUAUUGUUACCCUUGAGCCGCCUAACUUAGAAGACAUUGGAACUCAGGAAGAAGCAGCAGCUCUCAUUGUUCAAGAACCACAGAACCUGGAAGACUUUAAUUUGGGUUCUUCUUCCAGCAGCCAAUAUACAUUCUCUCCGCCAGAAAUUGAAAGGUGGUGGGAGAACCUGUGGAAGAUUCCUGAAUGCGUAAGGGGAUGGGCUGAUCAGCUGAAACAUCAUGUUCCUAGCCAACUCGCUUUCCAAGUAUUUUCAGCUCAACCUAGUGGGGACGAGUCAAGUAGCGAUGAAACCAGUCAUCAGCCCAGUCCUGCUUUUAGAAGACGCCGUGCAAGGAAGAAGACUGUUUCUACUUCAGAGUCUGAAGAGUUGCCCUCUGCUGAACAAGAAGCUGAUUGCUUUGUGGAGAACUUGCAUAAGCACCAGUUCAGUAGUGGUCUUAAUAAGUGUAUUGUACUUGCUUUGGUGAUUGCAAUCAGCAUGGGAUUUGGACAUUUCUAUGCUGGAACAAACAUGUAUCAGUGUUUUUUGAGUCUGAUGCCUCCCCCACACACAGGUACAAUUCAGGUUCAGAAACAUCAGCAGUUGGUCAAAAAGAUACAUGAAGGUGAAUUGAGUGAUGUGAAGGAUUAUCUUUCUCAGUGUCAACAAGGACAAGAGUCUUCUGUAGAGUAUAAGUCAUUGAAAGAAAACCUUGCAAGGUGCUGGACCCUUACAGAGACAGAGAAAAUGUCUUACGAAACUCAGAAGAAGAGCCUUGCUAAAGAAAAUCACUUUUUAAGAAUAACUCUGGAGAAAGAAGAGAAAACCUUGUGCUCAUUGCAGGAAGAGUUAAGAAAACUGAGAGAACAGAUUAGGUUAUUGGAAAAUAGAGGAACAGGUAGUGAAUUGGUAACAGAAAACCAGAAACUGAGGCAACAUUUGGAAGAGGAAAAGAUGAAAACAAACACCUUUCUUAAUCAAAGGGAAACUUUAUUGGCGGAAGCAAAGAUGCUUAAGGGGGAACUGGACAAAGAACGAUUGCUAACCAUUGCUUUAAAGGUGGAACUUCAGCAGUUAAGUGCUAGUCAGUCAUACGGAAAUCCAGACUCUCCCAAUGUAUUGAUUGAAAAAAAGGAAAUAGAAACCUUACGUGGAAGACUUACUGAGCUAGAGCAGAAAUUGAACUUCGAACAGCAGCGUUCUGAUUUGUGGGAAAGACUGUAUGUUGAGGCAAAAGAUCAAAAUGUAAAACAAGAAACUGAUGGAAAAAAGAAAGGGGGCAGAGGAAACUACAGGGCUAAAAAUAAGUCAAAGGAAACAUUUUUGGGUUCAGUUAAGGAAACAUUCGAUGCAAUGAAAAAUUCAACCAAAGAGUUUGUGAGACAUCAUAAAGAAAAAAUUAAACAGGCCAAAGAAGCUGUGAAGGAAAAUCUGAAAAAAUUCUCAGAUUCAGUUAAAUCUACCUUCAGACAUUUCAAAGAUACUACCAAGAAUAUCUUUGAUGAAAAAGGGAAUAAAAGAUUUGAUGCAACAAAAGAAGCAACAGCUAAAAAAUCAAGAACAGUUUAUCGUGGAUAUAUACAUCCACAGUCUAAGGCAACCACACAAAACCAGAAUAAUGGAGCCCCUCCUCUGCAGAGGGAGGGAAGGAAGGACGCAUCACCUCACUCCGAUGGAUUUAGAAUGAACACAAAUUCACAGAAAUGCGGCGCUGAGCGUGAGUGUAGUGGGCAUCAUCAUUCCUCCAGAAAGGGCUGUUCUGAUGUAUUUGACUGUGCCCGACAGGAAUCUGUUAGUCUUUUUAAUGUAGCAUUGAAUCCUGUGAAGAUAGAAGAAUUCAGACAGUUAAUACUAAGAUAUUUAUUAGAAGAAAUGGAUGGUUUCCAUCACUGGAAAGAACUUGACCAAUUCAUCAGUAAGUUUUUCCUGAAUGGUGUCUUCAUACAUGACCAGAAGCUCUUCGUUGACUUCGUUAAUGAUGUUAAAGAUUAUCUGAAAGCCAUGAAGGAGUAUCAAGUCAAUAAUGAUGGAGUGUUUGAGAAUUUGGAUGGAUAUAUAUAUAGAUACUUCCUUGGUGACAGUUUUCCCCCUCCAUAUGGACCCAGUCGACCUGAUAAAAAGCAACGUAUGGUAAAUAUUGAAAACUCCAGGCAUCGAAAACAAGAGCAGAAGCACCCUCAGCCACAGCCUAAUAAAAGGGAAGGUAAAUGGCAUAAGUAUGGUCGCAGUAAUGGAAGAUAUAUGGCAAAUCUGGAAAUAGAAUUGGGGCAUUUGCCUUUUGAUCCUAAAUAUUGACUAUCAUAAUUAUGUUCUUAAAAACUGUAAGAGAAACAGAUGCUUUCUAUGAUAAACUAAGAUUAUCAAGAUGACAAUGCCCCCACCCCAAUUUAUAAGCAUCAGUCUGAUGACUUUAUACCGUUACUCAGAAGCAUCAAAAGCUUAUUCAUCUGCAUUUUCCUGUAGUUUUAGCUUUGCUGAAUUAGUUUGUCAAUGGAAAUGUUCAACUAUAGUUUUAUUGUUAAGCCAGGCAUGUGACAGAUUUUAUGCAUGAAGUGACACUUCCUGAAUUUCAGUGUAUGAGCUCAAAGCAAGCUCAUAUCAUAUACGACAAAGUGUAAUUAACACUGAUAUUUGUGUUAAAGUUUGCAGUAGAGCUUGACGAAAGUACAUUGUGGUGGAAUUUCAUCUUUUGUAUUUUAUAAACUUAUAACUGCUUCUUGUCUUUUUGUGGGUUCAAGAGCCCGUUGACUUGUGAAGAAUUUGCUGCUGCCUUACGAGCUUGCUGGCUUUAUUCUCUCGUGAAAUUUCUUGCACGUCUGAAUAUUGUGGAAGAAACAAUAAAACUGCACCAUGAGGAAAACUAAAGGUCUUUA